AACCCUGGUAAAGAACCUGCAAUGUGUCACUUCUAACAUCCACAACCUAAAGCCCCCCCCAUUUUUAUUUCUCCAGCCGAUAUAAGAACGCUGUAGGACUGAAUAUCUCCUCCAACUUCCUCCCUUACUUCCCGAGGUGCUUUAGCUAUUGAGUUCAGUUGACAAUGGCAUCUUUGCAAGUUUUGCAUGCAACAAAUCUGAAGCAGUCGCCAUUGCAAGGGUUUCUUCCACUCUCAUCCCGUUAUGCUGUGGCUGCGCCCCUGAAAUCGACUGUUUUGUCUAGGACCAAGACCAAAGGCCAGAAGAACCAAAAGAGAUCUCUUACAGUGGUUGCAGCAGUUGGCGAUGUAUCAGCUGAUGGUACCAACUAUCUGAUUGCUGGUGCAGCCGUUGUUGCUCUGGUUGGAACUGCUUUCCCUAUCUUCUUCUCUCGCAAGGACACAUGUCCUGAAUGUGACGGGGCUGGCUUUGUUCGUAAAGCUGGAGCAACAUUGAGGGCAAAUGCUGCACGAAAGGACCAGGCUCAAAUCGUAUGCGCUCGUUGUAAUGGGCUUGGAAAAUUGAACCAAAUUGACAAAUGAAUACCUUUGAUUCCGUGAUUUUAAUCCAAAUUCCUGGUGUAAAGUCCAAAGACCCUAUCUUUUACUGAACUCAGAAAUUUCUCUGCAGUUCACACAAGUUUAAAUUGUUGAAUGUCCUCCUCCACGUGUAACUUAUAUAUAAAUAACAGAAACAUCUUUGAUGUUAA